GUUCGCCGUGGUGAGAAGUCCAUCGCGGAAUUUCUCUCUCUCGAAAAAAAAAACAGAAGAAAAAAAAAUUAUUAUAUUUUCAAGUGGAACAUCUGUAACAAAAGAAAAAAUCAAGUUUCUUCUCUCGCAUACAUAAAUUUCUCAAUCGAGUGUUCGGUAUUCCAACUAAACAAAAAACAUACAAAAGCCAUUACAAAUCACAUGAAAAUUACAAAUAUAAAACAUUUUAUAUUAAAAUAAAAAAAAAAAACUACGCAACUCUUCCCAGCCCAUAACAGGAAAAAAGCAAAAGAAAAUAAAAACAAAUCCACUCAACUCAAGCGCUCUUGAAUUAAAUAUCGAUCGAGUGGAAAAAAAAAACGAACACCCAUUGCGUAUGUGUGUAUGUGGGGGGAAAAACAAAAACAAACGUCAGUCGUAAAACAAAACGUCAAACAAAACGCGUUUUUUUUUUUUGUAUUGUUGUUGUUGAAAGGCGAAAAAGCGAGAAAAAAAGAGUAGAAUUCGAAGACGGUCAGCAGAAAUUAAAGCAAAAAGAAAGAAAGAAGAAAAUUAAGUUUCUCUCUUUUAAUUCCUUUUAAAUUAGAUCAACAGAAAAAAAAAGAAAUAAAUAAAAUGAAUUAUAUUAAAAUUCAGGAAGAAUAAAACAUUUAAUAAAAGAAUUUGUAUGCAUUUUCGAAUCAAGGAAGAAAUCGUCGCCAGUUUCGAGUGAAAAGAAUUGUUUUUUUAGUGCUAUUUUCUGAUGAAGAAUUUUCACAAGUGAAAUAGUUUUUUUUUUCAAUCAGUUUUUUUUUUGUUUAUCUUUAUCGUUGCCAGAAGAAGAGUUUUUCUUCAUAUUCUUCGUCUUCGUUGUUUUUUUUUUUAUUUUAUAUAAGAAAAAUUUUUGCAAAAAGGGGCAGGGGAGUGGCAAAUAGAAGAUAAGCCAUUGUCGUUGUUGUCGCAAAAAAAAAAACCAAGGAUUCGCAUGAAAAUUAAGCACGGAUCGAUGCAAUGAAUAUUGUCGGAGACUAUGAAUACAGUACAAAAGAUAUGCUUGGCCAUGGUGCCUUUGCUGUCGUCUACAAAGGUCGACAUCGCAAGAAAUCCAGCUUCCCAGUGGCCAUAAAAUGCAUCACAAAGAAAGGUCUAAUCAAGACACAAAAUCUCCUUGGCAAAGAGAUAAAAAUCCUUAAGGAAUUAACCGAGCUCCAUCAUGAGAAUGUUGUUGCUUUGUUGGACUGCAAGGAGUCACAGGACUGUGUCAAUCUUGUUAUGGAGUAUUGCAAUGGAGGAGACUUGGCUGAUUAUCUAAGUGUACAAGGCACUCUAAGUGAGGACACUGUACGAUUAUUUCUAAUACAAUUGGCUGGUGCUAUGAAAGCCCUCUACACCAAGGGAAUCGUUCAUCGUGAUCUCAAACCACAAAAUAUAUUACUCUCGCAUAGUUAUGGAAAAUCAUUGCCACAGCCCUCGAAAAUUACGCUUAAAAUUGCCGAUUUUGGAUUUGCUCGAUUCCUUCAUGAUGGUGUUAUGGCAGCUACACUUUGUGGAUCUCCAAUGUACAUGGCUCCCGAGGUUAUUAUGUCUUUACAAUAUGAUGCCAAAGCAGAUCUCUGGUCUCUGGGAACAAUUGUAUAUCAAUGCUUAACCGGAAAGGCACCAUUUUAUGCUCAAACACCAAAUGAAUUGAAAUUCUAUUACGAGCAAAAUUCAAAUUUGGCACCAAAAAUGCCAAAUGGUAUUUCACCGGAAUUGAGUGAUUUACUAUUGGGUUUGUUGCGCCGCAAUGCCAAGGACCGUAUUUCAUUUGAAAGCUUUUUCAAUCAUCGAUUCUUGCAGGGACUUAGGCAAGCACAGCAGGCAGCAGUUGAUAUGCCACCAUUGGGAACCAAUUUAACACCGCCCAAAACUCCAAGUCCUCUACAAAAUAAAUUGGAAAAAUCUCCAAGUUCAGAAUCACAGGUGGAAAAUCCAGCCAUUAUAGCAACAAUAACAAAUGUUGGUAUAUUAUGCGAUAGUGAAGCAAAUAGCGGUUCAUCUAGCAGUCCUGAAGAUUCUGAUGAUUUUGUUUUAGUGCCGAAAAAUCUUCCAGAAGAUCAGAAUGUCGUAGAAUAUGAAAAGAAGCACAAUACACGUAUGCAGCCCCAGAAUCCUCAAUCCAGUCCUCCACGACCAAGCAGUCUACCCAUUUCAGAGCCCAAACCGGUUCCAACACCAGUUCGUAGACAAUCGACGGCCAAUGCUAACAACACAAACAACACCAACACAACCAACAACACCACCACCACUACCAACAACACUGUUGAUAAGCUGCGACGUCAAGAUUCAGCUCCAGCGUCGAAGAAUCUUCAAGCUGUUGCUGCUGCAGCAGCUGCUACAACUGCAGCAGCUGCUGCUGCCGCAACAACUCCAAAUCCGAUUCCACGUUCGCAGCCGAUAAGUGUCAAGCGACCCGAACAUCGCAGCUCGGUGAGUAGCGAUAUCAAUUCGAUCUCGCCACCAGCUGUGCAAUUUGCCAUUGGAACACCUCCCAGCCGCCUUAGAUCGGCCUCUGGGGGCUCACUCUCAGAGACACCACCUCCAACGGCACCAUGCACGUGGCAGGUGAGUCCCGGUGCUCUGACACAAUCACCACUGCGACGAUCAGGCAACAGUUCACCCGUCCUUCCAUCGACUCUGACUAAACUUCCAACUUUGGGCAGCCCAACUCUGGUGAUUAAUAGUGGCAGUGGUGGGAGUGCUGGCAGUGGCGGCAGCAGCGAGAACAACAAUCAUCCUCAUAUGUUGGGACAGCGGGCCUUCACUUUGCCCGAGUUGGGCCCCACUGGUGGGCUGCCGAGUCUGUUGGACACAAAUAAUUGUGAUGGACAGACUAUUCCAUUCCAUGCACCCGAACUGUCUGAAGAGACACUCAUGGACCGUGAGCAUAAUGAAACACUGUCCAAAUUGAACUUCGUCCUCGCCCUCACCGAUUGCAUACAGGAAGUAGCCGACUCUAGAUGUGCUCCAUUGUCGGCGCUUAUGUCGGCCACUGAACAACAAAUCCCACCGCAUGCUCCAGAGCAUUGUAAGCGCGUUGAGCGACUGGUGCUGCUGGUGAGGGCGUUACAAUUGUUGUCUUCCGGGUUAAAUUUGGCGUCGCAGCAGUUGCAUAGUGGUAAUUUGAAACCGUCUUCAAAUGUUAAAAAUGCACUUCUACAAAUGAACUCGAAAUAUCGCAGUAUUCUUUAUGAGUCAAAGAGGCUGAACGGAACUGGCUUAUUACAGAAAGCAAGUGCAUUUAAUAUUACAGCUGACAAAAUUCUAUACGAUUAUGCAAUAGAUAUGUGUCAAGCUGCUGCUUUGGACGAACUUUUAAGCAAUACUAAAAAUUGCUUUGAGCGAUACAAUACAGCACAUAUUUUAUUGCAUUCGCUCGUACAGAAGUGCAAUCAUCCACAGGAUAAAAUGCUUUUGAAUAAAUACCGUGACGCUGUCGAAAAACGGCUCAACAUACUUCAGCAGCAAGGAUUCAUCUAUGUCACGGAUGAAAAUUCAUAAAAUAGUGCAAGAGCCAACCAAUAUAAUUUUUUAUUUCAUCUUGCAUUGCAAUCAAUUGCAACAUAAAAAAAAAGAGUAAAAAAUAUAAAAAAAAAAAUGUGAUUAUGGUUAUUUUAUUAAAUUUAUAUUUAAUAACUAUUAGAAAAAAAAAGAAAAUAUGGCAAAUGCAUGAAAAAAAAACGUAUUCCCAACUUAUAUUUAUAACCCCCUAAAAAUGUAAAUAAAAGAUUAUAUAUAUAAAUAUUAUGAAUACAAAAAAUAUUAAUAUAUAAAACAAAUACACAAAAAAAACACACACACAAAAUAAAAACACAAACUAUGAAGAAAUAAUAAUAUAGUUAUGAAUCCUCUUUUCCUUACAAGAAAAAAAAAAAAAAAGAAAGAAAGAAAAAAACCUGUCUUUGAUUUAGUCCUUAGUUAUAAAUAAUAAAUUUAAGUUUAUGAAUAACAAAAUAAUAAUUCUUACAAAUAUUAUUAUAACAUAAAAGAAUUAAAAAAAGGAAAUGGAUUUCGGAGUAAGUUUUU